AUGUGUAUUCUGUUGUCUUCCUGUGAGCAUCCAGAUUAUCCAUUUGUGCUACUAUCAAACAGAGAUGAGUACUUUGCUAGGCCAACCGCGCUGGCUGACUUCUACUCAGAGAACAGAGAGAUUCUAGCGCCUUUCGACUUGGCCAGGUCCGAACAUGGAACUUGGAUAGGAGUGAAUAGGCAUGGAAGGUUGUGUGUAUUGGUGAAUUAUCGCGAGGGUUCCGCUGAAAACGACGCUUUGAGUCUUAUAUCAAGAGGUUCGUUGCCAAUCUCUUUUUUAAACUCUUCGCUCAAUCCCCGGGAAUGGGAAGCCCAUGUUCGUGAGGUUUCCAAAGAGUUCAAGAAUGUUGGCGGUUUCUCGCUGCUGUUUGGCGAUUUGAGGCUGGGAGCAGGCGGAGUGAUUGAACCGUUCAAUAUCAUAUCCAACAGAGCGCAAGGUUCUGUGGAGGUGUUUAAACCCGAGACAAGAAUGAUAGGCCUUUCGAAUUCGCUUUUCACGCAGCCAUGGCCAAAAGUGCAAAAGGGAAAGGUUCUCUUGGACAAGCUGAUCUCCGACUCCCUCCAGAACAACUGGUCGCAGGAUGAGCUAAUAACCCGAGGAUUCGAAGUUUUAAGCACGACCGAAAUAGACACUACAAAGAAACCCGAUUCUUAUCUCGAGCUUUUCAAAGAAAUGCCGUCCUCGAUCUUUAUCCCGCCUAUCAAGACUCCACACUUUGGGAUGGAGGAAGAGCUGAAAAAGCAAGGAAUUACGUCCAUGGGGGGUUAUUAUGGCACAAGGACUCAAACCAUAAUUGUUGUGGAUAGAAGUGGGAACCUGAAGUAUAUUGAAAAGACUCUACACUCCUCUGACAACCUGAAUGAAGAGCCCACGAUUAGGACUUAUGCGUUCAAGAUCCCGGACUACUAUAAAGGAUAG